AUGGAUACGGAAAUUUUAAAAACAUCGUCGACAGUAAAAACUAUUACAGAAAAAGACGUUAAAUUAAUCGUUAAAAGUUAUUUAUUAAAUACAAAUGCAAUUAUAGAAAAUUACGUAAUUCAUAACGCAAGUGAUAAAAUGUUAGGAUUUUUAUCGGAUUAUUGGAAAUUAAAAGUGCAACUGCUUGUUAAGGAAGAGAGAAAAUUGCUUUCUUUCUUUAUCAAGGCAAUAUCGACAACAAAUGAAGCUAAAGCAAAUAUGGUGAAGGAGUUGAAAUUAUUUGAUAAAGAAUUAUUUUUUUACAACGUUAUUAAACGACAGCUUGAAAUAUCAGGUAUGAAACCUUGGAGUGCGUCGUUAAUAAGAGCUCUCCCCGAAGCAAUGGUGUUCGACGAUUUGAAUACAAAAGGAUAUCAAACUAAAAAUAAAUUUGAAAGAUUCGACAAAGAACAUACAUUACAAGCUCUUAACACAUUGGCACGUUUUCAUGCUUCCUCCAUUAUUUACGAAGAAAGAAAAAGCAAAUCGCUUAUGAGGAAAUAUCGAAUUAACGAAGAAUUUGAAAAUUAUUUAAAUCGAGGUGGAUACAAAAUAUCAGAUCCAUGGUAUUAUCAAUGCAUGACAGGAGCUUUGGAAGCUGUUAAAAAAUAUUCCAAGUACAACAAUGAUAAAGAGAUGAUGGAUAAGAUUGAUAAACAGUGGAGAGAAGUUUGGCAGGCGGCUUUAAAACUUAGUGAUUCAACAAAUCAGCGAUGUGUAAUCUGCCACAGAGAUUUAUGGAACAAUAACAUUCUAUUCCGUUAUAAAGACGUACCUAAUUCCGAACCGGAUGAUUGCGUUUUAGUUGAUUUCCAAGCUGUUAGAUAUCAAGAACCUGCGGGAGAUGUAAUGCUUCUUCUUUAUUGUAAUUUAGAUCCAAGUUAUCGUGAAAAUAAAGUUUAUUUCUUUUUAAAUUACUACUAUGAACAAUUAAAGCGAAUACUUUUUGAAAAAGGAAUACAAAUAAACGAUGUUUUGAGGAAAGAAAUGUUUUUAGCAUCUGCAGAGGAACAAAGGUUAUGGGGUUUAGUGGUAAGCGCCUGUCUCAUACCACAGUUUUGGCUAAAUGAUAGUCUCACUACGAAAACAUUCGGUGAUACUGAAAAUUUCAAUCAAAUACUAUCAAAAAAUAAAGGUGCAUUUAUUAUUAAAAUGAUGGCGACGAAUCAAGAUUAUAAGGGUACUGUUAUGAGCGUUUUUGACGAAAUAGUUGAGAGAUAUUGUGUGAAAUAA